GCAAUUGAACAACCACCCACGACGAAACUUUUUUUUAAGAUUACCCACAACAAUUGACUCACUCUUUUGCUAGAAAGGAAGAUUUGUUUAGAAAAGAACAUUCGCGGUAUCGCUGGUGUUUCUCAGUUUCUCGAUUACGAGCACUACGUACGGGCUAGUGACGACCACGACCCUUUGAACCCCGAAGAAGCGAUAGAUACGCGCAGCGCAGCCUCACAGACCGGGAAUCGUGACAAUGGUGGCGGAGACGAAGCUUUAUUCGGAGCUGGGGAUUAAGCCUGAGGCGACGCAGGAUGAGAUUAAGAAGGCAUAUCGCAAAUCCGCAAUGAAAUGGCACCCCGACAAAAACCCCAACAACCCCCAAGCCUCUGAGAAAUUCAAAGAAGUCUCCCAAGCCUACGAAAUCCUCUCCGACCCCGAAAAGCGCAAGACCUACGACCAAUACGGUCUCGAGUUCCUCCUCCGCGGCGGCCCCCCUCCCCCCGAGCCAGGCGAGGGCCCGCAAUAUGCCGGUGCGGGCGCGGGGGGCAUGCCUGGCGGAUUCGCGGGGAUGGGAGGGAUGCCUGCUGGCGGGGGGGCGAGGACGUUUCACUUCGCUACUGGGGGAGGGGGGGGCAAGGCGGCGGUGCGUUCCAUUUUAAUAAUCCGCAGAGUAUUUUUGAGGAGUUUCUGCGGCAGAGUGAGGGGGGGGGAUGGGAGGAGGAGGGGGGAUGGAUGA